CCUAUUUUCACUCAUUUUCACUUCAGAAUGGACAUGGUUACACUCAUCUCUGCCUUGUAAACAGGCAGCAACAGGUGAGUUUGAAGACUGCAGUUUCCAACAUGAUUUCCAAAAUCCUGUUAACUUCUAGGCUGAAACUGCAUGUCCCAGUGAUCUGCCAUGUGCCUGGUGUCUGGAAGGCUUCUCAUGGGUGCUUUGGUCUGCAGGGCGAUGGUGGCAGUUCCUCAUGGGUGAAUUCCCCUCUGGUGCUGGGGAAUCCUCAGGGAAUGCCAGCUUGGAAGUGCUUCCAGGUGCUGCCAAGACAUGAAGGUCCUGGGUCCAGUGCUAAGGACAGAGUUGACCCACCCCAUGGAAAACUAAUGGCUAAAAAAGAACAAAAUAACUAGAUUCUAGUAGCCUUUGGCUACAAACAUAUGAGGAAUUCAGUGCUCCCCAGAGGGGAAUUCAUUCCUGGGAAAAAGGCACAGCAGCCCAUCGAUUAUCAGAGAAUUACUGCUAAAUGGAGAAAAGCUGACAUCAAAUAUUUACUCUCGGAUCAAUUCUGUUUAAAGUGCAAUGUUUGGAGCAGAGCUUGGACAUGGGGAGGUCAGGUGUGGGAUCAAGGCUGCGUUUAUAUAAAGACAGAGGGAUAUGCACUGGGAAUCCUUGCUUGGAGAGGAAAAAGACUGGAGGAUUUUGGAAGUCGCACUAUGAGGAUCCUAAUUUUUCUCGUCACAUUGGGUGUUUUCUCAUGUUCAGGUAAAUUAGAGCCUUGUCCUCCUUUAUAGGGUGGUUUUGGGGGGAAAAGUAUAAUCCUUCAAUGGACUUGUGAUGGAGCUGUGCCUCCCUCUCAGGGUUCCCAGCGUAUGACUAUGACCUCCCUGUCACAGAAGAGGCUCUCAAUGCUUCCAUUGCAAGGAUCAAUUCCCAGUCAUGGAGCAGAAACCUCUAUGGUGUUGUCAGGAGCCGAGUCAUGGGAGUGGACACGUGGGACAGCGAUACUUACGGGUUAGAUCUGCACUUCAGCAUCCGUGAGACCGUGUGCACCAAAGCUUCGGGGAAAGACCCCUCUGCCUGUGACUUCAAAACUGGCCCUUUUGUGCCCACUGCUUCCUGCAGGAGUGUUGUGGAAGUCUCUGGGGGGCUGAUUGCCAACCUCACUGUGCGGUGCCAACGCAGCACGUUCAGCUCUGAAUCCAUGAGCAGCGAGGAGAUGAUGCACGUGCCCAUAACGACCCCUGACAGGUGGGGCAGCGCUCGCAGGGAAGAUGAUGCCUUUGCUCCUGAAGCCUUCCCUUCAAGGGGAAGAGGCAGCGGCCGUGGAGACUGGAACAAACCCAGAUACUUCAACCCUGACAAGAUGGAAUAACCUGGGCUGGUAGAUUGGAGAAUGAGAAGAGUCAAGAUUCAAAGAUCCAGAACCUGAUGCCUUGGCCUUUCCUUUUUGGUGAAAAAACUGUUCUUCUGUGGAGUGAGAGUCUUUCCCCAAACUCACUUUCUGCUCGUGAGAUGCUAAAUACACCCUCAUCCAUCAAUAAGCCCUUCUGAUGUGUUAGGUAUCCCUGGGAGAACUCCAAUUUAACUGUGUCCAGGACAUUUCCACCACCUAAUGAUGCUAUUAAAACCUCAUUAUUCCAUUUGUUUGUUCU